AUGGUUCAUAAAAUACAAGUAUCCUCAUUUUUGGCUGAAACAAGAUGCCUAAUUUUCGUUUUAUAUGUACUCAUUACUAUAGUUUUAAUAGUUCUAUUUCCACAAACAUUUAUAAAACCAACUAUAAAUAAAAUAAUAUUUGUAACAUACAAAAAUGGUGAAAGUUCAAAAGAAAUUCUACAUAAGACUUGGCUUUUUGGUUCAAAUGAAGCUUCGAAAUUAUCAAGUUAUGUAUGUCAUAAACAUGGACGACAAAAUAAUCAUUCUUCAAUUCUUUUUUCUUAUUGUUCAAAAGUACCAAUUCCAGUUAAUGGAUGGAAACAGGCUCAAAGUUAUAUUGAAUCUGAUAUAGGUUUUCUUAUAUUUACAUCUGCAAAUUUUUAUCAUACGAGAGCAAUAGCUGUUCGUGAUACAUGGCUUUCUCGAGUUACACAUAAAUAUUUUCUUAGUACAACACCCAAUACAUGGUUACCAGUUACUGUUAUCAAAGGAGCAGAUGAAAAUAAAUUAUUUAAUUUGAAAAAAAUCUUUUAUGGUUUAGAAACUGUUUAUAAACAACAACAAAAUACAUCGAAACCACAUAAAUGGUAUUUUGUUACUAGUUGUGAUACUUUUGUUAAUGUUCAUCAUGCACUUAAAAGAUUAGAUCCAUAUGAUUAUACAAAACCAUUUUUUAUUGGUGGUCAUAGUAGUAUGACACGUUGUCCAGAUAGUCCAAAGAAAACACUUAGAAUUGCAUAUCCAGAUGGUGGUACUGGAUUUUUUUUAAGUUCAAAAUUAGUUGAAUUGAUUCUACCUCAUUUAAUGAAUUAUGUUGAAAAUAUUUGGCUACAUAACAUAAGUCAAUGUGGUGAAUGUUCUGACGUAGCAUUGACAUGUUUAAUAUAUAAAUUAGGUAUUCGAUUAACCAAAGUGCCUGGUUUUUGGGCAAAUAAUCCUGACCGUACACUUCAUUUGGAUGGUCGAAGAAAAUUUCAUAGUGAUCCAGAACCCAAUACAUACCAUAAUGUUUCACAUAGUGAAAUGUAUCAUCUAGAUGAAUUUUAUGCAUUGCAACAUGUUGAUCGUCUUUAUAAUGAUAAAAAUGGAAAAGAAUUAACUGAAUAUGUUCGAAGAUUUCUUUCAAGUCAUUAUGACAUAUUAAGCUUAAAAAGAAGUGAAUGUACAUUACCUAAAAUAGGUAGUUAA